UGAUGUGUUCGAGGAGGAACGGAUAAAAUAUGGUUAGAGUUCCUUGCUGUGACAAACUAAACCUCAAAAGGGGUCUUUGGACUGCAGAGGAAGAUGCGAAAAUACUCGCUUACGUAUCGAAGCACGGGACAAGUAAUUGGACCUCGGCUCCAAAGAAAGCAGGAUUAAGGAGAUGUGGGAAGAGCUGUAGACUUAGAUGGACGAGUUACUUGAGGCCUGAUCUUAAGCAUCACAACUUUACACCACAAGAGGAGGAAUUGAUUAUCAGGCUUCAUGCAGCAAUUGGUAGCAGAUGGGCUAUAAUAGCUCAGCAGCUUCCUGGAAGAACUGAUAAUGAUGUGAAGAAUUACUGGAACACCAAGCUGCGAAAAAAGCUUUCUGAAAUGGGAAUCGAUCCAGUUACUCACAAGCCAUUCUCCCAAAUCUUAGCCGAUUAUGGAAACAUUGGUGGCCUCCCAAGAUCCACCAAUAGAAUUGGGUCUCUUAAUAGAGACUUGAAAACUUCACCUUAUAUGAAACCAGAACAACACUCAAAUUCAGCUCAAGAACUCUUCAGAGGCAUCGAUGUCGUUAUGUCGACGCCCACGAUGCUAUUGCCAGAAACUGAACCAUCCAUAGACAAGUUCAUGAAUGGCAACGUCCACCAAUUGAACACCAACCCUUCUUUGAAUCUUCUGGCUCAGCUGCAAGCAAUGCAGCUGGUGACAGAAGCCUCACAUUGCACUUCCAAUGAACCAAUUCAACCCCAUUUCAAUACUCAAGCCUAUUUACCAUCUUCAUCUUCUUCUUCUUCUUCCUCAGCCUUUAUCUGGCAGGAUUUUCUUCUCGAAGACGCGUUCUUACCUUCCGAGCCUCGAGAACACGAAAAUGUAGCUGAGUUUGCAUUAAAUCAAAAUGCUUUCCAAACACAAAAUGGAACAUCAAAAGAAGAGAUGAACAAAGAGAAAUCUGAGUACCAAUACGACAGAUUUGAAGCAAUGCAUUGCUUGACUGAAAACGAUGAUGUUGAAGCUUCAUCGUCUACUGAAAACACAUUCAUAGAAACUUUGUUCCAUCAAGAGGACAAGAUUUUGUUCGACUUCCUCAAUCUCUUAGAUGAACCACUUUACGACUAAUUGCCAUUUAUUUAGUUUUUUUCGGAUGUUGGUAAUGAUAAUUUUCAAC